UAUCAGAUGUUAGAUAGAGCUGAAGUGGUGAAAGAUUUGACUAUCCUUAAUUCACAUCGAGUAUCAUAACUUCACGUCAGAAAAUAUGAAAACCGUUUUUGUAGUUGUAGCAAUCAUUUGUGGUGUUUGUGAAGGCCAAUUCAAUUUAGCGGAAUUUGGUUCCUGCAAUAAAAGAUGUGGUGUAGUGGGCCUCCCUUGUGCCUGCAUAAAGAAUUGUAAAAGUGCAUUCUGCUGUAAGGAUUUCGACGAGUAUUGUACGAAUAACAAUUUAGGAACGAUUUCAUCUUUGAGCGACUUGCUUUCUGGUCAAAAUGUCGGUAAUAUUCGUGUUAUUACCAUAGGAUCUCCAGACAAUAAUCAAAAUCAAAAUACCGGCUCUUCUCAGAUUUUUUGUUCAAACCCUGCCCCAAUAUCUAACGGAAGGCAUUCAGGAACCAGGACGUUUUAUACCCUGGAUUCAAGCAUCACAUAUACAUGCGAUUCCGGUUACACUAUGAAAGGAAUACCAAAAAGAACAUGCACUUUCGAUAUCCUUGGUCCAUUAUCUGGUGGUUCGCCAGGACUUAGGUGGACACCGAAAGCUCCUACUUGCGAAAGUAAUACACCUGUUGGCUGUAAUCCACGCAACUGUGGAUUUGUACCUCUCUGUUACAAUCCUAAUUGCCCAGCAUAUCCAAAUGCGGUAUGUAAACCGUCAUAUUGCGACUGUACAGAAAAUUACGAAGUAAACGGACAGUCUGUUAACUGCAAUGCUUAUCCAUAUGCUGAAUGUAAAUCAUCUUAUUGUGAUUGUAGAGAAUGGUAUGAAGUAAAUGGACAACGAGUCAACUGCGGAGGUCAGAAUUUACGUUUUACUCUUUGA